CCAGCAUGGGCCCGGAAGUUGCUUGGGAUUCCCAGGUAGAAAAAGGAAAAAAAAUCCCGGAGAUGCUGUCGUCGCCUGGGAAAACAAACAGCCAUCCAGACAGUUAAAAAGGAAAACACGGAUUGGUCGCCAGGUUUCUGGUGAGAGAAUGAAUGCUGAUGACUGUGAUGGACGCUCAUACGCACCAGGCAAUGGAGAAUCAACAGAUCAGGAGUUUUACGGGCCGUUACGUGGACCUUCAGAAAAAUCUCCAAACAGUCAUCAGUCUUCUCCACACCGCUCCCUCAGUGGAAACUCCAUCAAAGUGGAGCUGUGCAACGAUGAAGAGUUGCAGAGUGCUCGGAAACCUGAACACAGGGAGGUUGUGAGGGACGUGAGCAAGAGGGAUGACAGAGCUGACGCUACAGAAGAGGUGAGCUCGGAGUUGGUUGGGGAUGGAAGAGACGCACUGAAUGUCUGCAGCGACAUGGUGAGUCUUAAUGCUGCUUCACCGGGACCCGCCCGGCUGCCCAAAGGGAAGCUCCAGUGUGAGAUUUGUGGGAUGAUCUGCAUCGGACCCAACGUGUUGAUGGUGCACAAGCGGAGCCACACAGGUGAGAGGCCAUUCCAGUGCACCCAGUGUGGGGCUUCCUUCACCCAGAAGGGAAACCUGUUGCGCCACAUCAAGCUGCAUUCAGGAGAAAAACCUUUCAAAUGUCCCAUUUGUAACUACGCUUGUCGUCGUAGAGAUGCUCUGGCUGGACACCUGCGUACUCACGCAGUGCCUUCUCAGACGGUGGGGAAACCUUUCAAGUGCAGCUACUGCAGCCGUAGUUAUAAACAACAGAGCACACUAGAGGAGCAUCUCGAGCGCUGUCACAGUUAUCUGAAGAGUCUGGAACAACAGACAGCAAUCAGCACGGAGACAGCACAGGGUGAAGAGCCAAUAACCUCAGAACCAAUGAAUAAACCUGUGAUCCAGCUGUCCAGUGAAAAGCCGAAGUUUGUGAACCGACUGGCUAUUAGCAUCACCAAACGCAAGAGGUCAAUGCCACAGAAGUUUAUGGGUGAAAAGCACAUGCAUCUGAGUGCUGAAGCACCUUAUGAGCUCUCCUCUGGUCCGAGAAGGAGGUGGACCUUCUUAUGCUCUCAGCCUGCUGGUAACUCCACUGGGCCGGGCGGCGCACAUCUCCAGGGCGUUAGGGGAAAAAGUGAGAACCAUGAGCCUCCCACAGUGUCUCAUCUCCAUCCUGACUUCCUGUCAGAGCUGCGCACUGUUAUGGGCUCCAUCAACAGCAACGUGAAUCCACAGGGCCUCCGCAGCCACGGUGAGGCGGGGCUGGCAGCAGUGUCUUUUGGCCUGUCUUGGCGGGAAGCAGGCGAAGGCCGUGAGGACCAGACCCUCACGCACAGCCACACCACCUCACCCAACGGCUGUCUUGACUCCACAGACACGGAAAGCACAGCAGAGGAGCAGAGUACGCGGGCUGCUGCUCCGACCAGUACCUCCAACAACCACCACCACCUUCUCUACCAUACCCUCGCACUGCCCCACAUCCACCCCACUUCUAGCCCCAGCCAGGCCAAAGAUUUGGACCCAGAGUGGGACAGAGCUUGUCCUGUGCCCCCCGCCAUCGUAAAGAGGAGCCCCGGGUCGCCUGUGUCAUCCAGGGAGAUUGUGCAGGUGUUGGACAGAGACGGACGGCCUGUGCGCUCCUUCCACUGCCGGCACUGCCGCAUCCUCUUCUUGGACCACGUCAUGUUCACCAUCCACAUGGGCUGUCACGGCUUCCGCCAACCGUUUGAGUGCAACAUCUGCGGCCACCGCAGCCAGGACCGUUAUGAGUUCUCCUCACACAUCAGCCGCGGGGAGCACCAGGUGGGCUGAGGAGGACAGGCGGUGUCAGGCGAACGGGUUUGACACAGCUGCUGCUCUCUUAAAAUUGCGGGUUCACGUUUGUUCUGCACCAGAUCAGUUGCUUUAAAUCCCUCAUGUAAGUAGACGGGUUUGUGGAUUAAAUGCAAACAUAUUUCUUAAACCUGUGCAAGUGAUGAAUUUUUACACUGCACCGUUUAAAGUUUAGUAGAGGCAAAUUAGAUUUUCUGAUUGACUGCACUCCCAUAUCAAAUGAUCAGGCAGAACCACAGGUUUUGCUUGAAAAGUGCCUUUGUGGGGGAUUUCCUCUGACUAAAAAAAAAAACCUAAGUGGGGAGGGAGGGGGAGACUUGGUGCUCGAAAACUAGCCAUCUUUUCUUAAACGAUGCACCAGAUAGCACUUUUUAAAGGUUAUGUGCACAGACAGUUAAGAAAAGAAUUGCAUGUACAUUUUAUGAAUUCUAUUUGGUGUGCUCAGUGUGCACUAAGAGCUUUGUUUUCGUGGCUAAAGAGGGUAUUUUGUGUUGUGUGUCAGGUAAAGCUUCAUAUGCACUGAGAGCUUUGUGCCUCUGGGUCUGGGAGGAGCUUCCGUCAUCGUCGAAGCACAGAAACGGAUGCCUUAACUACUAUAGCAGUACGCUGUUUUAGACAUACAUAUUGUUUACAGCACGGUUUAUCAGAAUGUGGAAUCGCCCCUGAUGUGUGAAUUUUUUUGGUGCAGCUGCACAGUGAAAAUGUGAAGCC